CAUCUAUUAAUCUGUUAAAAAAACAAUAUCAAACAUUUCUACAAGAACAAUGUUGUUCUACAAUAUUAUUAAUGUUUAAUAAGUUGUUCUAAUAUGAUUGUUAUUAUUGGUUUUGAACAUUAAGUUAGUUUGAGAAAUUUUUUUUUUGAUUUUUUAUUCAUUAUCUGUCUUAUUCAAUAUACCUACUAACUAUUUUAUCUACCUAUUUAAUUAUAUGUUUCAUUUUGUUUUCAGAUAAAAUAUGUCGUCCAGCUCUAGUUGUAACGAUGAAUUGGAUAUGUUGUCAGAAUCGUUCAAUCCGAUUAAAGCUUUGUACAGUAAAAACGUAAAAUUGCCCAGCAAAAAUGCACAGCCACUAGAUAAUAUUUCCAGAUUUGAACUUACUCCUUCUGGAGAAGUUACGAUCAAAUCCAUAAGACCACUUGUAAUUAUUUUUAACGUUGACUUUAGAUAAAUUAUUAUUUUUUAAGUACACAUUUGGAUUUACAGAAAAAAAAUGAAUAUGAUCUUGAACCAGUAAAGCGCGAUUUAAGUAAUGGUAAGUUCUUUAGGAAUAUAUGAAUACUUAUUAGCAUUUAAAACUAUUUAAAUAAAUUUGGUUUGUAAGUGGCUGGAUCAUCUCAAACAACUUUGGUGCAACAAGUUAGAAAACCGCGAAGAACAGUUAUGCACCGUAUGAAAGAAAUCAGUCAUUCUGAUGGGCCAUUAUCUCGUAUUGCGACCUUGUGUCAUCGAAAACAACGUGCCAAAGUCUAUAUACGAUCAGCUGCAUCAGUUCGAGGUUACUGUGAGGGGUAUAUUAUUGCAUAUGACAAACACUGGAAUUUAGUCAUGGACGACGUAUUAGAAGUAUGGACAAGGAAAAACAAAUACAAAUCACUACCUAUUGGUAAGCCACAUAAAAACAACAAAAAUUGAUAUUUUAUUCAAUUUUUGGUGUUUCAUACCCUAUCUACAACCAAACCUAACCUUUUUUUUUGUAGCUAAUACUAUAUUAUUGUAGUAAAUGAAUCCAACAUACUGAAAUUUAUCGUAACAUCCUAUUAUGAACUAUGUUUUGCAGUGAAACAUUAUUUAUAUUAGUGCAGUUGAUUACAAAUUAAACCCAUAUAUUAUGUCAUUUUUAAAUUAUAAAAUCAAAUAUUAUUUAUGUAGGUUAAAAAACCAAUGGUUAUGAAAAUUUAAAUAUUUAAUAGGUUCUUACAUAUAAAUUAGAAAAAUAAUAUAUGUAAGAACAUUCAGUUUGAUGGUGCUGUUGAAAUGUGUAUUAAUUAAUUAGAAAAAUGAAAAUUUAAUUAUAAAUAUAUAAGGGCAGUGAUAUAAAAUGCAUAAAAACUGAACAUUAAUACAAUUGUAAUACAGUCGUGUAAAAUGUUUAUAUUGGAAUUUAUGCAAAAAUUUAAAUGUAUUUAUUCAAAUAUAUGUAUAAUGGACAUUUUAUUUUUAUAAAUACCAAUUUCAUAAUAUUAAUUUUUAAACCAAAACACUUGAGUCAUUUGUAUUUACUUUUAAAAAACAUUAUAAUACACAUGAUGAAUGAACUGAAAUCUUCAAAUCAAAUAAGUUACUAUUGUGCGCAGAAUUUUUUUUUUUAAAAUUCAUAAUAUAUUUGUUUGAAAAAAAAAAUCUAAAAUAGUGACCGCAUACUCAAAUGCACGUUCAGGCAUACAGGUAUUUUUUAUUGUAAAAGAAGAAAUACAAAUUUCCACCAUGCAUACUGUAGUACAACAAAAUUACUACUUUGUGCAGAAGUCAAACUAAAUUCGAAACACUUUAUUAAUGCGCGAGUAAUGUAAAAGAUUCACUGUGAACGUGUUCACAUAAAUUUAUAUCACUGUCCAAUCAAAUGGCUAAAAAAACAAAUUUAUAAAAAUGCUAAUACAACAUACAUGUAAGGUAUUUUGUAUAUAGUGCAUUAUUUAUUAAUAUGUGUAGUACUAUAGGUACUAGUUGCUUCUGUGCUUCUGUCUAUACUAUAGUAGUGCAUUUCAAUUGAGUGUUGACUGUUUAACCUUUUGGUAAUUAAAUCGAACGGGAAACGAAAAUGUAGUACACUUUGAACAUUAUUAUAUUAUUAACAGUGAUGGCGGUACGGCACACAAUUGCACGAAUCGCUAAGUGAAUGAACACAAAAUUCUAAUAUUAAACUACGGUGGGCGAGUUUUUGCAAACUUUUUUUUCUCGUCCUGUAACAAAUAAUAAUUGAAAUGUACACAAGAUAUUAUAUAACAACACACUUCUAACCGGGAUGGAAUGAAAUUCAUCAAUUGUAUCGUUUUACAUAUUUUUUUUUUUUUAGUCAUCGCAAUAAUAAACGUAUACCUAAUUAGUAGGGGUACCUACGUAAUAUUUGUAUACAAAAUUCGUUUGAUAUUAAAUUACAAAAAUAUUUUAAUAUUGUAUUGUUGUAGUGCGGGCCACGGUGGCUUGUGCACAGGAAAAAAACGGUCGACCUAUAGACUAUCGAAAUGUCGAAUAACUUUCAAAGAUAGACCGAUUAGAGAGUAUUUAGAACAUGUUAAAAUUAUCGUGCAAGAAAAGGUAAAUAAUUUGUUGCAAAACGAUUUGAGCUUGAAAUAUUUAAAGGUCAGUGGUAUAUGGGGGGAAAAAAAAAAAAAAAUAAAAAUAAAAUAUAAAUAUUCAUUAGACGGUACGAAACAUCUAUACGGUGAUAAUAAUACCUACUAUUUUUUUUUUUUUUUUUUUUUUCCUGUGCUAUUGAACUGGAAGGCUGUUACACGCCGAAACCCUCCGCUCGUAAUAAUAUUAUGACGCGUGUGGUGCGUGCGCGUGUGCGCGCGCGAAACUCGUUCGUUGCAUUUAUUGUUAUACAACGUCGUUAACAUUGACGAUCAUUGCGAACAGAACAACGCAAUUAAUUAAAAUAAUAAACUAUCGUGCGCGCAAGGUAAAACUGUAUAAGAGCUUCCGGAAAAACUUUGGAAUUUUUUUUUUUUUCUUUCUUUUUCCCGCACAAAGACGGGUCACGAACGCUUAUCCGGGCCGAUCAAAACGGCGGUUUACAUAAUAUUAUUUAUAAUUGUUGUCGUCGGGAAAUCGAACGUUUCGUCGACGCCUAGACGUGCGCGUCGCAAAACGUUACGCCGCGCGCGACCUUUGAAAAGUGAUUAGCGCGAAAAUAAUAAUAAUUUUUAACACGUUUUUUGCCGCGCAGAUUAAAACGAUAAUUCGGCGGUGGCGGCGGCGGCGGCGGCGGCGGCGGCGAGUGAGUCGAGAAAAACCCCCGCCGAAACGUUUCGAAUUAUAAUUGAUUGCGACUGAUUGGCGGCGGCGUAGGUACGCUACCGCCAACCCCGCCUAUACUCUGGUUGUUUUUUUUUUUUCAUUAUUUAUUAUUUUUUAUUCAAAUAUUUUUUUCCGAUUUAAUUUUGGAAUGCCACGUCAGCGAGCGGGAGUUAUUUUUUUCGCCGUCGGAAUCCCGAGUAUAUGGCGCGACGACGUACGCACCCGUAAUAAAUAGUAUACGUGUGUUGUUUUUUUUUUUUCGGUUUAUUAUUAUUAUUCGCACAUUUUUUUUUCAACGCGUACGCCGUUUUUCGAAAAAAAAAAUAAAAUAAAAAAUACAAAAUUUACCGACCUUGACACACAGCGGUACGCGCGUAGGUUACGCGGGGAGGACGAGUGCGGCGCGCGCGAUAUUCUGUCGGUUUAUCAUUUGUUUUUUUUUUUGUUUUUUUUUUUUUUCAAAUAUCGACCGGCUUCGCAAAUGCCCGCGCGAAUUAUCGUCGUCGCGCAAUUAUUAAAUAAUAUCCGAAAAUACAUAAUUUGUUCGCGAAAAAAAAAAAACCCGGAGGUUGACGUCCAUUAUACGAAAUGCGACCUUCCGCCGCCGAACACACCUUGACAAUCAUCGGUCGGGCUGGACAAAUUAUUAUUUAGCGUUUUAACUACGCGGUUCGCAUCCAGUUUGCCAACGACGUGUAGGCGACCUUAAAAAACUACAUUAAGUAUACUUGUGUGUAAUAUUGUUAUAUCACCACUGUCGAUGUUUUUUUUUUCUCCGUGAUGUUUGUCUACGCGUUUUUAUCGCGCGUUAAAACGACGGAUUUUUUCUCUUUGGGAUUCUGAGAUAGGAAUUUUCUGUUAUUGGUUUUACUAUGGGACGCUAGUGCGUGUUUGUUUGUGUGUGUUGUUUUGUUUGCGUCCGCACAAACGAUUUCUCUACCAGAAUAAACCUUUUUAUACCCGAACAAAAACUCUAUGUAGGACAAAUAUAGGAACUGUCUUGUAGAAUCGUUCAACUUGUUGGCGCGUCGGGGAGAUUAUUUAUUGAUUCCACUCGUAGUUUUCCCAAUAAACGAGAAAAACUGGCAAUUUUAUUACCUCGCGUUCGGUGAAAAAAUACGACCGUUAAUACUCCGCGCUCAGAAUCGAUUUUCCCUAUCAAUAGUUUAUCGUCACGUACAGAUAUAAAUUAAAUUAUUUUACAUUAUAUUGUGUUCCCUUCAGCUCUUAAAACAGUGACGCAGCCUUUUUAUCCUUUUCUUCUUUACGGUUAGUAAAAAUGCUCGGACUUUUACACGCCGUACAUUUUCAAAAAUGCAGAUUCUCGCCCCGACUGUACGUACAUUAUUCGAACGAAUGUUCGAAAUCGUAUCUUAUUUUCCCAACUACCCACCCACCCACCCACCCACCCACUACAGUGGCCUACCCGUCAGCAGUAUCAACAUCAUUAACAUUUGUGUGUAUACCACGACAACCGACUAAUUCGUUUUGUCUCUCUAUCCCUCUCUUUCAUAGGUAACGCGAUCAAAUUGGAACCCGAAGUGGAGAAACCGUACACCGUCUUGAGGACGAUUCCGAGACACAAGAUUUGCCAGAGGCUCGUACCCCGACUCAUGGUGCGAGGGGAACAAAUCGUUUUAGUGGCUAAAUGUUUAUGUUGAAAAACGUAUACAAAUAAUAAAUGUUAAACGAUGUUACCUGCAUGUUUUUUUUUCCUCUAUGUUUUAACUUUAAGCUCGGCGAGAAACGACACACGC